CCGGCUGCUUGGACCCUGGAAUGCAAGUUUGAAAUAUCAAAACGUUAACGAAAAAUACGAGAUUUCCAAGCAUAUUUCAUAUUUUUGUGUUGUGUUGCGUUUGGAUUUGGAGAAGAAAAUAAAUUAAAUUUAGAAAAAAGUUUUAUUUAUUAAUAAAUUAUUUUUAAACACUUAUUUAUUUAUCAACUAAUUGUAAUUUAAUUUGCACCUAAAGAUGUCUGACGACAAUUUGGAAAGCCUUGAUAAUGCGUCACUUCGCAAAAAGUGCCUCGAAUUCGGACUACCUAAUGUUCCAAUCACCGAUACAAGCCGCAAACUUCUCAUACGUAAGCUGCGUGUUGCUAUGAACGGAGAAGUAGAUGAUAAAAAGAAGAAUCGACGAGAAACCAUUCACGUCACGAAGAUUCCUUCGCUCGUCGAAUCAAAUGUUAAUGCUGUUGUGGAAGAUGCACCCAAACGCCCCCCAAGUCGCAUAAAUCGUCGGACAAUAGCAGCCACAAGUGUCACAUCAACUGUUGACGACACAAGUCUGCCAGAGUCCUCUAGGCCAGAACCAAUCACAGAACGAAGACGUUCUGUUCGAGCACAGGCCGAAACGGAGGCUCCCGCGCCUGUAAUUGCAGUAUCGCAGAAACGCAAGACGGCUGCGGUUCUUGCUGAAGAGGACGAAGACGAUGAUGAUGUGAUUUUGUUGGAAGCGGCUGAGCAAAGCGAGAGAGAAAUCAUCAUUCCACGAGGCCGACGAUCGGUUUCGCUAUCCAAAACUGGAGUGGUCACAACUUCGUACAGCCAAGAAACGGUCGCAGCUCCACCACCACCACCGACAGUCAACGAAACAGAAUCCGAGUCGGAGUACGAUUUCACAUCAAAGUAUGCAAGUCUGUAUGAGCCCAUUGCUCGCCCCUUGACACAAUCUCAGCCGCUGAUGCGUGACACAUCGUACGGCCUAUCCGAGCCCAAAGUUGUCGUCGAACCGGAUAACCAAACAUUGUCCUUCCGUACCACUUCCGUGAACUCGAUGUCCAUCGAGCCUGAAAAAGUAUACAACAAACCAUCAUUGCCUGCUGCCUCGCGUUAUAGUUCAUUAGGAUCUGGGUACUCGUCCAACACGGCGUCAUCAAUCACCACAUCCACCACACGGCGCUACACCAGUGGCGGCUAUGGAACAACCAAUACUCCAGCACCAAAAUACUCGAGCAUGUAUGAUGACCAAGAAGAGAAUGAUGAAAAUCAACCGGAGACUCCGUACCUAAGUGACUUUGCCAGAAAACUGGAACGCCUGAAGGCGGAACCACUGGUCAAAGGAGCUGAGACGCCUCGCAAUGUUCCAAUGAAGCGCGAAACUCAACGCUUCCACUCAUCGAUCUCAGGCCGACGGAGCACAAUGCAGACAGAUUCUGUUGCCGAUUCUUUUAAGAACUUCUUGUUUGCCUUGGAUCGCAAAUAUAAACUGAAGAGAAAUUUCUCGAUUCUUUUCGUGGUCAUUUUGAUCCUUUUUAUUUAUAUUGUUUUUAUUAAUUGAGAGGUUCUUCUUACUCAUCAUUAAUUUGGGGGAAGUGAGGAGACUGGAGAAGGGCUUCUUUAUAUUAUUUAAUUAAUGUUCUUAUGCUUAUUUCAUUCUUCAAUUAAAUUUUUCUUUGCUAAUAAAACCAUUUGAGUGUUUACUGUAAAAAAUAAUUAUAAAAUGUAAGAAAUUGAUUUUCAUUAAAAAUAAUUCAUAACAAAAAA